CAAUAAUAAAGAAGGAAGGAAGGAAGGAAGGAAGGAAGAAAAAUGGAGGUUUCGAACUGAUGAACAGGAAAUGAGAUCAUCACAAUACACCUGAAAGUUGAUUGAAUACUUUUCUCCUCUCUGACCUUUUGGAUAAGAGGGUUAUAAAGGAAUUACAAAUAAUAAGAGGGAUAAAUGGUAUUUUCUUGAAGGUAGGCAUGUCAGGUGAAAACUUUCAAAGAAAAAAAAGAAGCCAAAAAGAUCAAAGACUUAUGGCAAGCAGGGAGAGUAGUAAGGGUCAGACAAUAAAUAUUUAUUAAAUGUUAACUGUGUCAGAAACUAUGCUAAGAGAUGAGAAUCCCCCCAAAAAGACAAAAAUAGUUCCUACUCUUAAGGAACUUACAUUCUAAUGAGAGAGAUUCAUUAUGAUAUAAACAGAGUGGAUGGAAGUCUAUACAAGAGGGGAAGGCACUAGCAGCUGGGGAACUAGAAAAUAUAUACAUGCAUAACAUUUUAGACUGUGGAUUGCCAAAAGGAUGUCAUUGGCUGACUUCACAAAGGCAUUAUAAAUAUUAUCUCCCCAAAAUGUGAUUCGUUAGGAGUGGGGUCCAGCUAUGUAUCUAUAGAGACUCUACUUAUUCUUCUUUGUCAGUUUAGUUAACUCGCCUUUUAAAAAAACAUUAAGGACUAAGACACAGACUCCAGGCAGAACUAUCUCCUCUCCUGGGAGGGUUUUCCUUAAUCUUUAGACCCAAGUGGUCUUACCAAAGAUGAGGGCACUGAAUUCAUGUCUGUUUGAGAAACCAUCACCCAAUGCGUGCCACCCUCCCAAAAUCAAGGUGAAAAGCUCCCCUUUGAUUGAAAAACUACAGGCCAACUUAGCCUUUGAUCCCACUGCCCUGUUGCCGGGUGCUUCACCUAAAAGUCCUGGAUUAAAGGCCAUUGUGUCUCCAUUUCAUAGUCCUCCUUCCACCCCCAGCAGUCCAGGCGUUAAAUCCCGGUCCAGUGAACCAGAGGAGGUGCCAGUCAGUUUUGACCAACCCCCUGAAGGCAGCCAUCUACCUUGUUACAAUAAG